AUGUCCCUACGUUUGAUUACCCGUGUUGCCUCCCGUGUUGCUGCUCGUCCAGCUUCCAUCCAGGUGGCCAGAAAUGUGAUUGCUCGUCCAACCUUUAUCACAUCUUCCCGUCAACUCUCCUAUACUGCUACCACUUUCAACCAACAUACUACGAAGGUUGCUCAAGUUUUAAACAGCGAAGUCGAAUUAGAAACUUCUCAACAAAUUGUCGACUUGCCAGAAGAAUUGGCUACUUUCCUGUCCAAGUACGGUUUUGAGCCUGUCGUUCAAGAAGGCCGUAACUUGGCUCACAUUAGAAGACAAUUGAACGAUGAAACUAUCAAUGUCUUCUUUGACGUUGCUCAAGUUGCUAACUUGCCUGUCGAACCAGCUGCUUUAGAACAAUCUGAAGAACAAUUGGAGGAAGAUUUCGAUAGUAUGUCUGAUAACUUUGCCAAUGUCAACAUUGUCGUUGUGAAGAACUCCGACAACACAGCAAUUUCAUUUGAGCUUUUGAUGAACAUGCAAGAAGGUUCUUUCUACGUCGAUUCCGUUACCCCAUACGAAUCAGCAGAAGAUGCUUUGAAUGAAUCAGCAGAAGCCGAAAUCAAGAGAGAAUUGGGAUACCACGGUCCUCCAUUCUCUAACUUGGAUGAAUCUUUGCAAGAGUCCUUGGAAUCUUACUUGGAAUCCAGAGGUAUCACCACCGAUUUAACUUCAUUCAUUUCUAAUUACUCUGAGUUCAAGGAGAAUAAUGAAUACAUUCAAUGGUUGUCGAAAAUGAAGAAGUUCUUCGAGUAA